CGGGAGGCUGCGGGUGCUCUCCGCUGCUGCAGCGGAACUUCUCGGGACCAUGGUGCAGCUUUACAACCUGCACCCCUUCGGCUCGCAGCGAGUAGUGCCUUGCAAGCAAGAACCGGCGCACUUCUGCUGCGGCCAAGACGUGCUGUUCGUGGCCAGCACGGCGGCCAGCUGCAGGGUGGAGGUGUUCGCCGUGCGCGAACAGGGCCGCUGCGAGGCCCUGGGCUCCUUCGCCACGCUGGGUGCGGUGCUGCGCAUGGCGCACAGCUCGACAGGAGACUAUCUGGUGACAAUUGAAGAAAAAAACAAAACAACUUUCCUAAGAGCAUAUAUGAACUGGAGAUGCAUGUCUGCAGGGAGUUCUCGCGUGUGUGUUCGGAUGGUUGGUCACAAGAUGGAAGAGUCAUACAGUGAAACCUUAAAAGAUCAGAUGUCAGUUGUUGAAAUGCCGCUUUCAGAUCCUCCACUGUGCAUUUCGUGUUGUUCUGUGAAUGGAGAUCUUCUUGUGGGCUGCAAGAAUAAACUAGUCAUGUUCUGUUUGAAAUACCGGGUCAUAAAGCAGAAUUUGACUGUGUUAGAUUUUGAACGCUCCUUAAUUUUGCAUAUUGAUAACCUCAUUCCUGCUGAAGUUGCAUUUUGUGCCAGACAUAUAGCCAUAACAACAGAGCUGGAUGUUCUAAUCCUGAAACUGGAACUGGUCCAGCAAAGUGCAGAUGGGACCCAGCAAUGUGCUCAGAGAGUCAGUGCACCAGAAAAAGCUGUGGAUGGAGGUGUGAAAGAUGAAAGUCCUUCAACGCAUCCUUUACAGCUUGAAUUAGAUGAGUUCAUCAUAUGUCAGAAGCCAGUGGAACUGCUUGGGGAAGAAAGUAAGCUAUGUGAGAUACCUGUCACACUGGAAUCCACAGAGUUACCUACAGAAGACACAAAGCAUUUCCAAGUGCAGUAUCUGCUUUUCAGACGUUUUGCACCUGACCAGUCGCCUUUUGGGUUUUGUGAAGAGACAAAGUUGCACUCUAUUCAACUGCUUCCUGUAUACCAGACAGGAAUUUCUGCAACAGCCUGUGAGGAAAUAGAGAACAAGAGAAAACUUCUGAGUCUCUUCUGCUUUUUCUCUUUACCUCAUGUUGGAUAUCUCUACUCUAUUGGGAAGUUAGUAGAACUAAUUUCUACUUACCAAUAUUCAGAGAAGUCAGAGCAGGCAGUCCUCACUCCACAGUUCCUGCAUGUCAUUACAAGUCAGAACCUGCAGUGCUUCACAGUGCGAUGCAGUGCAGCAGCAGCUCGUGGUGAGGAUCCAUAUAUUGACACGACUGUGAAGGCUUGUCCACCUGUCACACUGGAUGUCUGUACAUUAAGAAUGCAGCUUUUUAUAGGACCGAGAGCUAUCUGUCAUUUCAAAAACCAUAUAAUUCUUUUGACUAAGGCAGACACUGAAGAUAUUACUGAAAGAAGAAAGCCUACAAGAAGGAUGCUUUCCAGAAAGGCUGACAGCAUCAAAUCCAGAACAAAUUCAGAGUCAGAGCCUGGUUGGAAUUUAUAUAUUAUAAACACUGUUUCAACAAUUCAGCUUUACAGAGAAAUGGUAGAUUAUAGUAGAACUUACGAAAAUGUUAAAACUGAGAGCUGCAUCCAUCUUCUAAGUGAGGCUCACUUACUGGUCAGAGCAGCUAUAAUGGACCCUCAUUUCCUUAAAUCAGAUGAGAAGGAAGAUCUUCUAAGAGCAUUCAGAGAAAGUUGUGCCUUCUUGGGAGACUGCUACAGCAGGUUUGACACAAAGGAUUACCACCUUGCUUUGCCAUACUACAGAAUGUCAGGUUUAUCCAUGACUGAGGUUUUAAAGAGACUAGUUUCAGAACGUGAUGAAAUACAGACAUACGAGAGAGGAUUUAUAUUUUACUUAACUCAUUCUCUUAGUGAAGACUCAAAUGAAGAACUAAGUAAGGAAUCAGGAAAUAAAGUUCUCCAGAUAUUCUAUCACACGGACCCCGUGCAGUUGCCUCAUAUCCUUUGCAGUCCCAGCAUGAGAAACAUAUGUCCUUUGACAGCUGUGAAGUAUCUUCAGAAAGUAGAAAAGGUGAUGCCAUCAGUAGUCCUGACACUUACUAAGGCUUUCUUGGCUCUGAAAAUGGGAGACCUGACAAUGUAUGAACAUGAAAUGGACUCCUGUAAGGAGACAGCACUGGUUUGUGGCUUCAUUGGGCAGCCACGACUCCUGCAGCAGCGCAGGGAAGGAAUUGUUACGCCGACUGAGUUUGCUGUUCACCUGAAGGAGAUGCAGCCUGGUUUACUGGUGGCUGCCAUCGUGGCUUUACAUGAGAACAGUAAAAUUGAACUAGAAGAAGCAGAUACCUUUUUCAAGAUGUUGUGUAAUAGCAGUGAAAACACUGUUCCCCAGCUCCUGAUGGAUUUCUGGGAAGCUCUUCUUGUAGUGUCCUCUAAGGAAGAUAUACUUCAGGAGCUCCUAUUGAGAGUUACUUCUCAGUAUGUUAGGAGAAUAUCAAGAAAGCAACUUCCUGAUACUAAGCCAUUGAAAACAACAGAAGAUCUAAUAAAUUCCUGUAGUCAUUUUGGAUUUAUUGUCCCAUGGGUAUCUUCCAUAAUGUCAGUGGGAUGUUCAUGUGACAAAGAGUACCAUGAAGACAUCUCAAGACUACAGUCUCUUUUAUGUAGUCAGUCAAUCAAUAUAGCUUCAGCUCUGCCUGUUUUGGAGCCCCUGACAGAGGCUGACAAAGUCGGCCUCACCAUCCGUGUUCUCUGCAAUACCCGUCUGGGCAAGUAUGAGGAAGCCAUUGACCAGCUUCUCAGAAGGUGUCCUGAUGCACUUGUGUUCUAUGCUCAGCAUGAGCUGAAAGGUGACAGUCAGGCUCUGUGGUGGAACAAGCUGCUUCCUGAACUUUGCAAGAGAACUAGACUUACUGGAAAUGACUGCCCUGUUCUUAUUUCAUCACUCAAAGAAACUUUAUCAAUUGUUGCAAUGGAAGUGGAGCUAAGGGAUUUCCUCAGUCUUCUACCAGAGGAUGGAACUGCAGCAUUUUUUCUGCCACAUCUUCUUCACUGCAGCCAGAGGAGGCUGCUGACCUAAGACAACAACCUGUGGAUCUUCUAUCUACUCAGCUACAAAGAAUGUGCUGCAAUAAAAAAGUAAAUGAAACAAGCAGUAGAACUCCUCAUAAGGUACUGUGGGACUCCCUUCACAUACAUCUUACAUCAGCUACUGAAGGAAAGCUGUUUCCUGAGGCAAAGCAUCUCUUUUGAGGCUAAUUCUGGUGCCAAAGCAGCUAUGAAAUGCAGACUCUACA